AUGUCGACCACCACUCCCGAUCCCGACCCACCUAGCGACGGUCAUCAUCACGAUGCCGGCGCGGUGGAUGAAAAAGUCAACGUCCGGCAAGACGAGGUCCUUGCCAACCCGGAGCUGAUGAACGAUGCCUUCGAAGGCGAGAAUCUCGAGCACCAGAUGGGUGUGUGGGAUGCCGUCAAGAAGCAUCCCUGGGCCUGUUUCUGGGCGUUCACCAUGUGUUUCACCAUCGUCAUGGAGUCCUUCGACAUGUUUCUCAACGGUAACUUCGUCGCCCUCCCGGCCUUCCAAGAGAAGUACGGUGUCCAGCACGGCGGCGAAUGGGUCAUUCCCACCCGCUGGCAGAGUGCCCUGUUCCAGGCCGGCCAGUGUGGUGCCUUUGUCGGUGUGUUCCUCGCCGGUCCCAUCACCAACCGUCUCGGAUAUCGCUGGACCACCAUUCUCGCGCUGAUUCUGAUGAACGCCACGAUCUUCAUUUCGUUCUUUGCCGAUUCUCUGGCGCUGCUGACUGUUGGUCAAGCCCUCGAGGGUGUGCCCUGGGGCUUCUUCAUUGCCAACUCGCCCGCUUAUGCCUCUGAGAUCGUCCCCAUCUCCCUCCGUGGUGCUUGUACUGCUACGCUGCAGAUGAGUUGGUCUAUUGGAUCAAUUAUUGUGGCCGGUGCAACCUACGGUUACAACAAGCGUAACGAUGAGUGGGCCUGGCGUGUGCCUCUUGCUCUGCAGUGGCUGUUCCCUACCCCUCUGCUUAUUCUGGUUUUCCUCGCCCCCGAGUCUCCCUGGUGGCUGAUUCGCCGCGGUCGCAAGGAUGAAGCUCUACGUUCCAUCAAGCGACUGGGAAGCAAGGAUGAGGCCGAGGCCCAACGUUCUCUGGCCAUGAUCGAGCGCACGGUUGAGAUAGAGUCCCAUCUGGGCGGGUCUCCCACUCUGCUUGAUCUGCUGAAGGGUACCGACCUGCGUCGCACGAUCAUCACUUGCUUGAUGUAUGCUUCCCAGAACUUUGCGGGUAACCUGAUCGCAAACCAGGCCACAUACUUCUUCGAACAGGCCGGCAUCUCUCCCGACCGCGCAUUCCAGUUGAACCUGAUUAACUCGUGCCUGCAAUUCGUGGCCAACAUCGGUUCCUGGUUCCUGACUGCCUGGUUCGGCCGCCGCACCAUCUACCUCUGGGGCACCGCUACCAACAUCCUCCUCCUGGUGCUUCUGGGAAUCUGCGCGUCCAUCGCCCAGAACAACGCGACCAACUACGCCCAGGCCAUUCUCGGAAUCCUGAUCUCGUUCGGCUAUGCCCUCUCGCUCGGCCCAAUCUCGUACACCAUCAUCGCCGAGACCUCCUCCGUCCGUCUGCGCGCCCUCAGCACCGGCGUGGGCCGUGCUGCCUACUACGUCGCCGAGAUCCCGAUGAUCUACCUAGCGUCGCAGAUGCUCAACACCACGGGCUGGAACCUGGCCGGUCGCUGCGGCUACGUCUGGGCUGGUACUGCGCUCGUCUGCUGGGUUCUCGCCUGGUGGGGCCUGCCAGAGCUGAAGCACCGCUCUUACCGUGAGAUCGACAUCCUCUUCAACCGUAAGGUGAAGGCACGGGACUUCAAGAAGACCGUGAUUGAUGUUCGUGACAACGAGUAA